UGUGUCACGAUCCACAUGUGACGGGCGUCCUCACGGCCAGAGCAUCCAGCCUCGCUGCCUCCCUUUCUCCCUCCCUCCGCCGAUCUCCCUGUCAGAGAUGAAACAGGGGAGCGUGUGACUGUGGGACAGAGGAGAGGCGGAGGAAGGAGGUGAGAGGGAGACAGAGGGAGGAGAGAGUAACACUCAGACAAUCCCCUGCGUGUUAGAGAGAGGUAGAAACAAGAGGAGCUGGCCGGGAAACAAUAGUAGAACAAAUCCAGUCUUGCUUGCAAGAUCUCUGCCUCUCAGCUGACUGCGACUGAAGACCGAGAUGGACUGAGACAGCGAGGGAUGGAGUGGCCUGACUCUCCUGCCACUUGCCUUCCCUACCUGACCUUCAAUCUUCAUUCCUCCAGCAGGAACAAAGACAGAGUCUGUCCUGUGUGAGACUCCUCUGAAUCCCGUCACAAAGCGUCAGAAGGGCUGUAGUCAAGAACCGUGACACAUUGGCCACCGCCUGCAGUGCCAGGAUCCUCCGGGUGUCCCAGUCAUGAAAGCGUCCAUCUCCACAGGCCCUCCUUCUGGACUCCUGCUGGUCCUGAUGUGUUGUCCUCUGCUGGGCUUUGUCCAAUCCGCCAGCAGCAGCAGCAACAAGGCUGGCGAUAAGGGACACCAGCAGCUGGUCGACACCGACCCAGAUCGCUGCAUGAGGCACCACUUUGUGGAGACCAUCACGCAUCCCAUUUACAAAUGCAACUCUAAGAUGGUGUUGCUGGCGCGCUGCGAGGGCCACUGCAGCCACACCACCCGCUCAGACCCGCUCAUCUCCUUCAGCUCCGUGCUCAAGCAGCCCUUCAAGAGCUUCUGCUCCUGCUGCCGACCACACACCUCCAAGCUGAAGGCGGUGAGGCUGCGCUGCGCCGGCGGGACUCGCAUUACGGCCACCUACAGAUACAUCCUAGCCUGCAACUGCGAGGAGUGCAGCUGAGUAGGCGGCAAUUCCCUGCAAGACCCCAACCCCCCAAAGGUUCUCGUUUUUCUUGGCCUCGGACCUCGUUCUGAAACUGUUCGGAAUGCUCUGUUGAUUUUUGGAUAUAGAGCUAUGCUCCAAAAAUGCUGGACGCUAACAGUUUGGAGGAAUCAAAUCCGCUCGCCCCCCCCCCCCCCUUCAUGUGCUCCUAAUAAUUGACCCGCAGCUCUGGGACACAUGUAGAACACUCCAUACCUUCUCCAUUAUAAGUGCUUUCAAUCAUGACGAGCCAUGCAAAGCAUAUUUCUUCAGCUCACAAGGCCUAACACCGCAAACUGCUGAUCCCGGGGGCCGGUUUGAGAUCCUUCCCCGCCCGAGAGACACACUCCGCUCAUUACAGGCCUCAGUAAUCCAUCACUCACACACACACCCUCAAACCGCAGUGUGGCGCUUCGAAGUAUCCGUGACAGCUAAGCGAACCCCUCCCACACGUUUGCCAACAAGACAACACGCUUUGUUAAAAUGCAGGACCAGGCCUCCCCAGACGCACAGUGGAACUAUACAGGAACAUCUGCACUGUUACUCAACCAAUAACAUCUCACACACUUCCUGCAGACCUUCAUGUAGCUGUGUAAAACUUCACUGUCGCUUACAGGAGAGCUCAUCAUGUGAACGAUCUAGGAGAAACAGAGGGCAAAGGGAGCCCUGAAGGCCUUUACCCACCUGUGGGUAUUAGUUUGGACUCUCCCUAGACUGUCACUUAUGUUAGCGUUCAUAAUCUCUAUCUGAGUCUUUGUGAUGUUCGUGUCAGCGUUGUUGUAACCGCAGCCUCUGUCACGCCAGGUUGAUAGAGUGCCUUGCAAAAGAAUUUAUUCCCUUUGAACUUUUUUUUCACAUUUUGAAAUUGAGAUUUUAUGCGAUAGACGUAAAGAAGGCAAAUGUGACCCAAAUCGACUUCUUCUUUUUGCCGGUGGUGGUCAGAGGGCAGAUGAAGCUGGUGUGUGCCCCAGGGCAGCUGUGGCUACAAUCCAGCAGCCGCAGGAGUGUACAGAAAAGCGCUAUACAAGUCUGAUGUUAUUUGAUUGUGUUGCCCCUAACAGCAGACAUAAGGAAGACUGUAGAUGUUAGCUUCAGGUCUAGUGGUAAGAUGGUUUCCAUUUCACCAAGACUUAGGAAUAUUUGGUCUUUGAACUAUUAAUAAAGGCAGUUAGAAGCAUUUUUAGAAAAGUCCUACAAACCAUCAGAACUGGUGCAGCACACGCCGCCUCCUGACUCUAGGACACCCUUGGGGCCAAAUAGAGCAGAGACUGUGAGCCACAGGCCUUUUUGUCCGACAUCAGUGUCUUACCUCUUCGAUGCUGUAAUGAAAGAAUGGUUGAAAAUUCCCCUCAACACACUCCUGCACCUUGAGGAAAACCGUCCCGGAGGAGCUGAAUCUGAACUUCGAUGGCUGGGCCGACAUCGUCGGAGUAAGAAUGCUCUGCAGCUCGAGUCCACCUGUAGAUGAGCAGAAACGUCUGGCAAUAUAUUGCAGCUGAAGCUCAGUCAGAUUGGAAAGAGGGCAUCUUUGAGUCUUGCCACAGAUUAUCUAUUGAAUGUAGGCCUGGACUUUGACUGGGCCAUUUAAACAAAUGAAUGUGCUGCGACCUGCACUGUCCCGUUGUAGUUCUGACUGGAUGUUUUCGGUUGUCAUCAUGGAAGGUGAACAUUCUGCGAGGUUCUGACGGAGCGGGGCUGACUACAAACGCAGCAGUUAGUUUUUGGUUGUUUUUUUUUAAAGAACAAAUGCAGCAUUUUCUUCCAUUUCAUAUUUAUGCACUAUUUUGUGUUGUUCUAUCACGUAAAAUCCCAAUAAAAUAUAUUCAAGUUCGCGAUUAUAAUGUGACAAAAUGUGAAAGCGGUAUGAAUACCUGUACAAGGCACUGUACAAUUGCUGCUAUUGCCUGUUGUUUAUUGUUACUCCUUCCAUGUUGAAUCAGCGCUACGGUCGCUCUGCAAAUGUUUGUGUUGCUCGCAAGUAUUGUCACCAACGACGACGAAUACAAAACUUCAAAUUCUUACACAUCUCCAUCUGUCUGGGUGAGACUCGCUCAGCUUUCAGUCUCUGGUCAGUGUAUCUAAGUGUAAAAAUAUGUCAGUGUUCAAAUUGUGGUUUUUGUAUAAUUAAAACUCUGCAACCACAGUGUGUUCAGUGCUGUCAUGCA